AUUUAAGCGAGAACUGGAGUAGGUCGUGUACUUGGAGCGGACGAGGAAGCCUUAGAGCUCGGACGGAGGCGGAGAGGGGCGGGAGCGCAGCUGGUGAGCAGCGCGCCGGACAAGCUCCGGGUCCCGGCUCGGGAAAGGAAAAGUGGGGGUGACCUGAGUCCGUCCGGCGGUGCCCGGCCUGGGCGCCCAGGGUACAGGUCACCUGGAGGAAGCCACAUACUGACCUCCUCAUGCUGCUGACACAGGCAGGAUGGCGUUGAACUCAGGGUCACCUCCAGGAAUCGGACCUUACUAUGAGAACCACGGGUAUCAGUCUGAACACAUCUAUCCCCCGAGGCCACCCGUGGCUCCCAAUGGCUACAACCUGUAUCCAGCCCAGUGCUACCCAUCUCCAGUGCCCCAGUAUGCUCCAAGGGUUACGACGCAAGCCUCAACACCUGCCAUCCACAUACAGCCCAAGUCCUCAGGAACACUGUGCACCUCAAAGUCUAAGAAGUCGCUGUGUGUCGCCCUUGCCCUGGGCACUGUCCUCGCGGGUGCUGCUGUGGUUGCUGGCUUGCUUUGGAAGUUCUUACCAGGGGACAGCAAGUGCUUUACAUCCGAGAUGGAGUGUGGGUCUUCAGGCACAUGCAUCAGCUCUUCUCUCUGGUGUGACGGGGUAUCACACUGUCCCAACGGAGAAGACGAGAACCGGUGUGUUCGCCUCUACGGACCAAGCUUCACCCUCCAGAUUUACUCAUCUCAGAGGAAAGCCUGGUAUCCCGUAUGCCAGGAUGAUUGGAGUGAGAGCUAUGGGAGAGCGGCAUGCAAAGACAUGGGAUACAAGAACAAUUUUUAUUCUAGCCAGGGGAUACCAGACCACAGCGGGGCAACGAGCUUUAUGAAGCUGAAUGUGAGCGCAGGCAAUAUCGACCUCUAUAAAAAACUCUACCACAGUGACUCAUGUUCAUCCCGCCUGGUGGUUUCUCUGCGCUGUAUAGAAUGUGGGGUUCGCUCACAUUCUGUGAGACGCCAGAGCAGGAUUGUGGGUGGAUCGAACGCUGCCCCAGGAGAGUGGCCCUGGCAGGUCAGCCUGCAUGUCCAAGGCAUCCAUGUCUGCGGAGGCUCCAUCAUCACCCCUGAGUGGAUAGUGACGGCCGCCCACUGUGUGGAAGAACCCCUUAGCAGCCCGAGGUACUGGACAGCAUUUGCAGGAAUUUUGAAGCAGAAUCUCAUGUUCUAUGGAAAUAGACACCAGGUAGAAAAAGUGAUUCCCCAUCCAGGUUACGAUUCUCAGACCAAGAAUAACGACAUUGCUCUCAUGAAGCUGCAGACGCCUCUGGCUUUUAAUGAUGUAGUGAAACCAGUGUGUCUGCCAAACCCAGGCAUGAUGCUCGACCUAAACCAGGAGUGCUGGAUUUCCGGGUGGGGGGCCACCUAUGAGAAAGGGAAGACCUCGGACAUACUGAAUGCUGCCAUGGUGCCUUUGAUCGAGCCCUCCAAAUGUAAUAGUAAAUAUGUAUACAACAACCUAGUCACACCCGCCAUGAUCUGUGCCGGCUUCCUCCAGGGCUCUGUGGACUCUUGCCAGGGAGACAGUGGAGGGCCGCUGGUUACUUCGAAGAAUGGGAUCUGGUGGCUGAUUGGGGACACGAGCUGGGGCUCAGGCUGUGCCAAGGCAUACAGACCUGGAGUAUAUGGGAACGUGACAGUAUUUACAGAUUGGAUCUACCAGCAAAUGAGGGCGAACAGCUAAUCCACGUGGCUUCGUCCCGACUUCCUUUGUCUUCAACAACCUUCUGCAAGAAAACCGAGGGACUGAUUUUUAACUUCCUGUGCACAAUGUACUUUUAUUAAACAGUGACUUGUCUGACUGUGCUCCUUGGUCCUGUGCGGGCUUCAGUGCCCCACCCCCAGGCCACUUCUGCAGCUCCCACCAGAAAGGAUGACCAGAUCCUGUUGGGUUUGGCCGCAUAGGGUCAAAUGCAGAAGAGGGUGGCACUCUUAUGCUGGGAGUUUCUUUUGGCUCAUUCUCAGGCCUUUUUUUGGAUGAGUAAAGACUAUGAGCUCUGAGUAGCCUGAUGACCUGAGAAAGAGUAGGGAGGCCAGGCAGGACCUUGGGCCCAGGGACAGGUCCCUUGAGAGUGAGAGCUACCCAAUUGCCUGUGGCCUAGAUCCACUGUGCAGUUUGGACUGGUCAUGCUAUGAUGAAUUCAUUACCAGCCUGGGUGAACAUGGCUGGGAGUAAAAGGCUUGCUCUACUGCAUGUUGACAUGACAGCCAUUUCCAAGGGUGACUGAGCCUCUGCCAGGCUGAGGGUCUAGGCAGAGCCCUCAGAUUGAGAAGCUAGGGCUGACACGUCCCUUGGGUGAGCUCUACAUGGUGUCAUUCAGUCUGGUUCUUGGCUCCCCACCACUGUUUCUCUCAGCCUCUCAGAGCCUGAAACUUACCUCUUAGGUUUAGCUACAGGCAAGGCCUAGAACCUGAUGGAGCCUGUUUAGCUCAGCUAGGAGGCUGAGGUCCGACAGCAUCAGGGACUUGUGAUUCCGGUCACCUUGCUUCCGGGUCGCGUUUCUUCUAUUACUACCUCACC